CUCAGGUAUCUACCCUACGCCACUAGCACAUACUGGACAUCGUCGCUGUUUUGUCGACAACACACUCGUAGCCUGCAAGGCCAAUGGAAGACGGCGCCUACAACAACAACGACGACGACGACGACUGAAACACAACUUUGCCCUUGUUUUGCAUUCAACCUGCAGACGACCGGACUCGCAGGCACUACCUCCUACUUCGCUCUUGAUCCUCCGACCGCAAUGGACCGACAGAUGCCUUCUCCCUUCGGCAAACAGUUUAAUGCGGCACAGAACAACGAGGACUGGGAGGACUGGCUGCGGUGGGAUCCCACUGCUGAGCCUACCUCUCCCGACGACACUUUCCACUCGGGCUCCUCCAAGAAUGACUCGCCGAUGCAGGAGUCCAUCUUCCCUCUUGCGGUCCCGGGCACUGACGAUGCGUCCUUGAUAUCCCCACUUAUCGUGGGCGACGAGAACGACGGCCUGGGCUUCAGCAGUGGCAGUGGCAGUGGUGGUGGUGGCAGUGGUGGUGGCCUAGAUGCAGACUUCACGCUCUUUGGUGCGGGCGACAUUGACGCCGGCUUCGCCUUCUCCCAAGCCGCAGGGCUAGACGACUUUCCAGGCAUGACAAAAAUUGACACCACCCUCGCACAAUGGACGCUGCCUGCGAACUCUGCAGCAGACCCUGAUGCUGCUUUGUCCGCCACCUCGAGCAGUCAUGCCCAUGGUCCGCCCUCUUCCACUACUCUGGCGGUCACCACCCCAAGCUUGGAUCAAAGCUCCCCAUCCAUCAACGAUUCGCGGAACAGACAGAGCACAUCCUCUACCUCGCCCCAUCCGCCCAAUCCUGCGAAGCAGAGGGGAGGUCGCAAGCGGAAGGCUGAAGCGCAGCCAGAGUCCAAUAUGGGCAACGAGAAUGGCGGUUCGCAGGAUGGUGAUGAUCACCCCAACAAGAAAAGCACGUCUCAUAACGUGAUUGAGAAGAGAUAUCGUAACAAUCUGAAUGACAAAAUUGUCGAGCUGAGGAAUAGCGUGCCCAGUCUGCGUGCCAUGGGACGUGCCAAUCACGGAGAUGGCAACGAAGACCUAGGAGGUCUUACUCCUGCCCACAAGCUGAACAAAGCCACGGUCAUGGCCAAGGCUACAGAGUAUAUCAAGCACCUCGAGAAACGUAACAGAACCAUGGCCGAUGAGAUGGAUGCACUCAAAGAGCAGCUGGCAAAAGUCGAAGCCGCUGUCGGAAGGUCCCGGCAAGCCAGCGUCGCCAAUAGUCCACUGACAGAGACCCAGCGUUCGCGCGAGGCACCUUCGUCUGGUCCACUGACAACACCUAACUUCCUCAAUAUCCCACAAGAUCAAUCUAGGUUCGGGCAGCCCGUAGUGCAGCAGCAAUACAUGCAAUUGCAGGCUCAACCAGCAUAUGCUCGUCCACCUCACCCCCCUGCAGAGGCGCAGAACCACUCGCAGUACGCCAAUGGCAGAGGAAAGACAUUCAUGAACAAGAUGAUGCUGGGGACUAUGGCUGGUAUCAUGGCAAUGGAAGGAUACAGCGAGCAUCAACAAUCGGGCGAUAAUACUUCCGGCCUCGCCUCGUUUCCAGCCGUGCUCUUGAAGCGUGCGAUGGCACGACCACACUCGGCAUCCUCGACUGCGACGCUCUCACGAUAUGGCUUUUUGCCCGUAGUAAAGCUCGUCAUGGUUGUUGGCAUACUCCUGUACCUGCUCGCACCACUGCUGCACUAUUCACCACGACGCAAACAUAAAUUAUCGGCUUCUACGUGCUUGCCCAAAGCACCCUCACUCGCGUCGCCUGUUGAGGUUCGCAGGCAAGCAUGGCUUACAGCCAUACAAUCGGUCUGGGUUCCGAAGCAUUUUCUGCUCGAAGUUGUCGCUGUUGGUGCAAAGAUGUUUCAGCUCAGCUUGCGAAGAUUUGUCGGGGCUGAAACUUUCAUGGCAAUCGCUGGAAGCAACAAGGAAGAGGAGGCCGCCCGUAUCAAGGCCUGGGACAUUGCUAUUGACGCUCAGCUCGCUGGAGGUGAUGCCCACGUUUCGUAUUACCGAUUGCUUCUGACGCUCAUGGAGAGCGGUACCUUGCCAGACUCACCCGCACGACUCAUGCAAAAGGCCGUUCACUUCCGUGUAUUCUUCUGGGAGGUUGCUAAUGCAGGCUACGGCAAUAUUCUUGGCUUCAAAUCUUUCACUGAAAAGGUUGGGAGGAUCUACUGGGACUCUGCUCGUCGUCAACAGAAGGAUCUUAUGCAAGCCAGAUCAGGGGCUCGGCCUGCACAUGACGAUGAUGUUGACAUUCUGCCCGACCAUCUUGCGAGAUUGGUAGAGCUCGACUGUGAUGAGGUGCUCAGUGAUGAUAUGAUUCAGCGUGCAUGGAAUCUUGCAUGGAAUAAGCCCAGUGCCCAUGCUAUAGAGGCUAACGCGGCAAAGGACAGCGUUGUGGAAGAUCACGCUAUCCGAUCUCCCAUCGACGCCGUUGCCGCAUGGUACGCAAACACGACUAUUGAUGACACUUUGGCAGACUCUCUGAGUGAUGACGUUUCCUCAUUCGACACGGAAUACUAUCUUGGCCUUGCGCUGAGUGUCGCUCCGCCUGCCUCAAGCACGCAUGUACGAGCACUUACAGCAAAGGCAGUGCUCUCGAAUAGCAACCGCAAGGCCAACAUUGUAGUGGCUCUCGAGGCACUGCCUGUGUUAUGCUCGACAGGUGGCAUGAAUCUGGUCAGCCACGCGCCAGCCUCGCCGGAUGUCUUUACAGCCUUGACACUGGCCAAACUGAUCUCGCUGACGGCGAACUCGUCGCCCCAGGCAACUCGCGAAAGAGCUUCCAGCGCACUCAACGGUCUCAAGCUUGCGCCAGGGCAGUUUACGCUUCUAACGGCAGUCGCCGCGUAUCGGCUGCUGCGCAUGCUGACGUCUGGCAAUGCUGCUUCUCGGGCAGAGGAAGGGGUUGAAGAAUUGGCAGGUAGCCUUCGAGUGUGGGCUGGAACUACUACUGGUCGGGACAGCGGACUCGGCCACGCUGGACGCACGAAGAUUGUCAAAUUGUGCUUGGACCUUGCGAAGCAGUUGGGAGGUUGGGACGAUGAGGAUAGCGGCUAUUCUUCUGCUGAUGGCGCUCGCACGCCGCCGAGUGCCACAUGUAGUCCCACGCGUGUGAUUACGUAGAGCCAUUUUAAUUAGACUUUUGUCUCCCGUUA